UUUCCCGAUUGGUUAAGAAACAGAAACUCUUGUUGUCUGUCUGGUCUCAAACCCUAAAGUACUCUUCUCGGCUCUCUCCCUUGAUCUCUGUCCCCUUUCUCCUCCAAUCACUUCCUUUUUAAUCAAAUUUGCGCGGGAAAUCUAGUUCCCAAGAAACCAACCAACCAACCUUUUCUCUCCGUUUGAGCUCUGGAUACAGAGCCCCGUAGCUAGAUUUGAUUUCUCCAACGAGAUCUGGGCUUUGUCUAAAACGUUGAUCAUGCAAAAGCAAUCCAGAGCGUGAUAAAGAAGAUGGAACCUGAACGUACCAAAUUUGGAGGUCCUAAAGAGCUGUGUGGUGCCGUGGAUCUUCUAUCCCAAUACAAACUAUCGCAGCAUCAUGAAUUCUUUUGCAAAAAAUCACUUUCCGCGUCUCUAUCAGAUUCCCACUAUCUUCAUAACGUGGUGGGGGACACAGAGAUCAGAAAGGGAGAAGGGAUGCAGUUAGAUCAGCUUGUUCAGAACAUGUCACAGACCCGGGAGACUAAUAGUACCCGCAUUCAACCUUUUGAGAUGGAUGAGCUUAUGGAGGCUUUCCAACUCAGUGAUACGACUCCUGUUGAAUUGCCUCUCGAAGAGAAGGGAGCUCCUACAAUACCACCCAAGUCAAAAAGUGAGUCGAAGGAUAAGGACAGGAAACAUAAGAAACACAAGGACAGGAGUAAGGACAAAGAUAGAGAGCAUAAGAAGCACAAACACAGGCAUAGAGACAGAAGUAAGGAUAAAGACAAGGACCGAGACAGAAAAAAGGAGAAAAAUGGACACCACGAUUCGGGUGAACACUCUAAGAAACAUCAUGAUAAGAAAAGGAAACACGAUGGGGAUGAAGAUCUAAAUGACAUUCAUAGGCACAAGAAAAACAAGCAUAAGAGCUCAAAGCUGGAUGAGAUGGGUGCAAUAAGGGUUGGUGGCUAGAUUGGCAGACAUUCUCAAUUCUAUAUUCUGCAAAUCCAGUAGGUGUCACGGAGGAGGUUUAGAAAUCACUUUUCAACUCACUGUAGACUAUAUAUUAGGUAAGCAUCUCUGUACUAUACCGUCCUGUCUCUCUUUGUUUAGUUAGCUUGGCGCUUUCUUGGCUAUCCAUUCUUUCAUUUCAGUACAACUCAUUUUGGUAUUCCAGGAUCCUUCAUAGAAAUAUAUAUCUGUCAUCAUAAUCCUUACACUGUUUCCAUAAUCUCUUUUUAGGAGGGAGUGGUUUGUCGUUACAAAUUUUGGUGUACUCAUGUUUCUGGUGUUCUUUACGUUACUGAAGUAGAAUUAACACAUCGUUUCCUAGGGAACAUACACGUGUCUUAAAUUUCAAGUUGUGCUGGUUUUGACUUUUGAACAAGUGGACUUUGUAGGUUAAAAUCUCAAAUUGGUGAAUUCAUUCCUUGAAGAAGAAGAAAGGGGAAGAAGAAGCAAAAUUCGUAUCACGCAAUUGAUUUGGUGGCAGCUUUGUAACAUUUUGGUCUUGGUGGUGUUUUCUUUUUCCAUAUAUUUUCUGUCUAUAAAAAUCACAAUGUUUACUCUAUUCAUGUAAAAUAAUUUGUUAUCCAGUUAGUGUUGUUGAAAAAUGAACUGUUAGUGCAAUUGGUGUUCCAAUUUAUCUGUAUGCCACAAUAUAUAGCUUACUUGUAAAAGUUGAUCAAACUA